GGAACGUAACAAAAAAUAGUGGUGUCACAACUCAACAAGACAACGAGUCAAGAAGAAGAGCUAUUUCGUUUUCUUCUUGCUUUUGGGUUUUGGGAAACUAGGGCUACCUUCUUAUUUCUCUAAAGGGUUCUCAUAAAGAUUUCAUUUUGAUCUUUUCUUGAAAGAGAGACACAAAAAUGUUGAAUGGGGCUACACCACCACCUUCUCUUCCUAUUACCAACUUCAACUUCAGCACCGAAAGGAUUCAAAUGUGCUUAGAGGAGAAUAAAGAGUUGAUUCUAGCUAUAAUGGAGAAUCAAAAUCAGGGAAAAUUCAACGAAUGUGCCCCGUAUCGAGCUAAACUUCAAAACAACUUGAUGUUUCUAAGCAAUCUUGCUGAUACACUAACAAAACAACCAGAUGUGGUGUCUCCUCCUCAACCCCAAAUGCAAGCUCAGUCAACAAUGCAACAAUUGCAGCAUCAUCCUCAAGCAGCAAUGUCUCAACAACAGCAACAUCAGCAACAGCAGCAUCAGCAGCAGCAACAGGCGCUUUUCCUCCAUCAACAGCAGUUCAACCAAGCUCAAAAGGCCAUGCAAAUGGGAGCAGGAAUGGGAAACAGUCAAGAGAGCUUAGGAGCUGGUCACGCCGGGAAUUAUAUAGGGAAACCGGGUUUUGGAAAUGAUGGCACCAGUAAUUUUCUAGGGAAGUCUUUCGGGUACAAUCACGGUGGAGAAUGAGUCGGUGUAGGAGAGUUUUUCACUAUAAAAUGUCAAAUUAAAAACACCAUGACAUACACAGUUUAUAGUAUAGUUUCAACAACUACUCUAUCUUCAUUCUUGUAAGAAGGAUCACAUUUGACUUGAAUUGAUAAGUAGUCAACUAAUUGGUUUGAAUUUUUUAUUUUUAUUUAAAAAAAAAAAUCUGAAGAUUGUGAUUUUUUUGUAUUUUUCCUUCUUUCUCAAGCUUGUUGAGAUCACCAAAUUAACAAUUUAUUCAAAGUAUUUUUACUAUUGAACUUGA